CAGCAAGAGCAGGAGUAAUUAAGACUCUCGACCAGAGUAUUACCAAUGGCAAUUCCAUCCUCGAUCCACAAGCUUCCUCUCCUCCUCCUCGCCCUUUCAUCCAUCGUCUCACUCCUCGCACCGCCAUCCACAGCCAACGACAGCAAUGUCCUUCUCACCGGCGAUGUUAUCCCCACCAACGGCCAGCUAACCAACGGUGACGCCGCAUUCGUCAUGCAAGGUGACUGCAACCUGGUCUUGUACAACAACCGCCGUGGCUUCCAAUCCAACACCCAUGGCAAUGGCGACAAUUGCACUCUCACACUCAACGACUUCGGCCAAUUCGUCAUCCAAGGAGCCAGCGGCUCUGCCGUCUGGAAUUCCCCGCUCCGCGGUAACUACACGAGAGGAAAUUACGCCGCCGUCCUCCGACCGGACGGUGAGAUAGCCAUCUAUGGCCCUAACGUUUGGUCCACGCCCAACUACGGAUUCAGCAGCACCAGGGGCGCUACGUCUACUCAGCUGAUGGAGGUUCCAACGUUAACGCCGAACAACGUGCUGUUCUCGUCCCAGGUUAUCUACGAUCAUGCCCAGCUGACGACGAGGGAUUACAUCUUCAUCAUGAGGGAGAGCUGCAAUCUGGUCCUGGCCAAGAGGUCCACAGGCAUCAUCUGGCAGACUGGGACGGUGGAUGGAGGCGAGUACUGCUUCCUUAGGCUUGACCACCAUGGGCAGCUAGCCAUUGUAGACGAUCAGUACAAGACGGUGUGGCGCAGCCAGCCUGCAUCCAAGGAUGGAGACUAUGUGCUUGUCGUCCAGAUCAACGGACAAGCCGUUGUCUAUGGACCUCUCGUCUGGUCGACUAGCUACGGCUACUGAUCUAUGAGGACAUGUUGAAGUUGCUCGUUGCAUGGACGUGUCUCUCUUUGUUUGUUUGGUAUCUCGCGUUUGACGAAUAAUAAUUUUUGGCCUGCUACUGGCAGGACCUCUACGAGAUUUAUUUCCAAGGAGUUGCAGGCAUGAAAAGCAAUUUUUUCUUUAAUAAUAAAAUCUGGAAAUCAUUAUCUAUCUGAAGAUGAUAGACCAUUUAAAUUUUACCAUGCAUUAAGUCAAGCUUUUGAAUCGAUCACGCCCUAUGUCUUAGCUAAAAUUU